GUUCUGAGGGUGUUGGUCCCGCACGCUUCUCAUUUUUAAUCGUAGAAUUGGAUUCAUAUUGAGCCCAACCGAGUUUCCUAUAAAUACGAAUCGGAACCCGAAGAUACCAAAGAGUGCCGAGCCGCAAGCUUCUAUAAGAGGGGAGAACCGGCAGUUCUAAAAGCGAAAAGUGCAUUCCGAUUUUCGCUGUGUCUGCACGAGUAGUACGCGCGUCCACGAGAGGAUUCAUACCGGGUGGUACUAGAAAAGUGUGACGCUUUAAUUUGUUCAAGUGAUAUCAGUGAUCUGAGAAAGUUUUAAGGAGCCGAAAACAGUAAAGUUUCAGAUGGCGCCACCCAAUCUAGACCCAACCAGCAGUACCGCCAACGUGUACGCGGUACUACCUGGGGCGGAGUCCCGCCAGAUCGAAAGGGCGCACGACGCCGAAAUUGGAGCUACUGAGAUGGACAAGCUGGUGGAGAGCGAAAUUUGCAAGGCGCGCGAACUGACGCUCAACAUCAAAGAAACGGAGGACGUUUGUUCGGACGACAUCGAUGUGGCGGUGCCGCCCGACGGCGGCUGGGGCUGGGUGAUCGUCUUCGCCUCCUUCAUGUGCAACCUGGUGGUGGACGGUAUCAUUUUCUCCUACGGCACGUUCCUAGAGGGCAUCGCCUCCGAGUUUGGGGUGACCCGCGCCCAGGCCGCCCUGGUCGGGUCGAUGAUGUCCGGGUUCUACUUGAUCGUGGGCCCCUUUGCCAGCGCCAUCGCCAACAAGUUCGGGUUCCGACUGGUGGCGGUGGUGGGCGCCCUUGUGGGUGCCGCGGCCUUUGUAGUCUCGUCCUUUGCCAGCAGCGUCGAGUUCCUGUGCGUCACCUAUGGGCUGAUUGGCGGAAUCGGAUUCGGGUUCAUCUAUGUUCCUUCGGUGAUCACCGUGGGCUUCUACUUCGAGAAGUGGCGCGCUCUGGCCACUGGCGUCGGCGUCUGCGGAUCCGGGAUCGGCACCUUCCUGUUCGCCCCCAUGAGCAAGCUGCUGAUCGACUCGAUGGGUUGGCGCCACGCUCUCCUAGUCCAGAGUGCCAUUGUGCUGAGUUGCGCGUUCUUCGGGAUGCUGUUCAGACCGCUGAAGCCCACCAAGCUGAAGGCGCUGGACGAGGAAGAGCCGGAGCUGGUGAUGGACGCUUCACUCCUACCAGCCGCCACAGUGCUGCAGAUGGAGGCAGCGUUGAAGUACAUGCCAAAGCACGACCACCAGAGUUCCAUUUCGCGGGUGUUCGCCUCGCACCACAAUCCGGAGCGGCUGCACUUAUCCGACGUGUACCACACCAUUGGCGUGCCGGCGAGGGCGCCGUUCCGAGCUCAAUUGAAGGAGAAAAGACUGAGCGCGCCCUUUGUCCUACUGAGCGAGCGGCCGAAGAAAUGCGAGGAAAUGCACCGGCCGCUCUAUCGGGACGACAUAUUUUUCGGGCAGAGCCUGGGGCGUCUGCCCCAGUACACCUCCCACACCUCGGUGCAAUACAAUUUGGCAGUCACGCGGCUGCCCACCAAGCAGGACAUCCUGGAGGAGAAGACGCACUCGUGCCGGCUGUACCCGGAGGCGGUGAAACGGGCCUUGGCCACUCUGCUCGACUUCAGCCUGCUCAGAAGCCCCACCUUUCUGAUCCUGGCCGUGGGCGGCUUCUUCACCAUGAUGGGAUUUUACGUGCCUUUUAUGUACCUGGUGGACCGCGCUGCCGACCACAUGCCUAAACAGACGGCCGUCUUGCUCAUCUCCUCCGUGGGCAUUGCGAACACGUUGGGCCGCGUGCUCUGUGGCGUGCUCAGCUCCUUCCCGUCGGUGAACGCGCUGUUUGUCACCAAUGCGGCGCUCACUAUCGGGGGAAUUGCCACCAUAGUGAGCGGCGCCUCCCUGUCCCAAGAGUACCAGUUCCUAUACACCGUCAUCUUCGGAUUGGCCAUUUCCUGCUUUGCCUCGCUGCGGUCGAUCAUCGUGGUGGAUUUGCUGGGCCUGGAGCGGCUCACCAACGCCUUCGGGCUGCUGCUCCUAUUCCAGGGCGUGGCAGCGAUGAUAGGCGCCCCGUUGGCGGGCGCUUUCACCGAUUUGACGGGCAGCUUUGACGCCACCUUCUACCUCUCGGGCAGCAUGAUCCUGAUCUCGGCUCUGAUGUGCUACCCGCUCGGUUGGGUGAACCGCUGGGAGCGAAGGCGCAAGCUGGAAGAUGCCUAGAGCCUACAAUGUGAUAGGUGCAAGCCGUAACAGGGUAGAUCAGUACAAAUUGUAGGGAGCGAGAGCGCAUUACGGCGCUGUUCAGUAGCCGCCCACCAGACCAUUUGCAGCUCUUGAAGGCCGAUUUAUAGACAAGACAUGGUUGUUGCAGUUGCGCAGCGCACUAUAACACUAACACUCACCAAUUCCAGCUCAACACAGUGUUACG